UUAUUGUAAAAAUAAUAAGUUUACGUGAGUCAGGUGGUGAAUGUGAGAUCAUGCUGAGUGAGUUUUCGUGACGGAAAGUUCGACUUCAACAUGGGAAAAGCUGAAGAGCCAACUGGGGGACUUUGCGAGCCUCUGGUGAAAAUUGGGGCAAUUUUGGGCGUAAUCCAGGGGUUUAUAUGGACCGUGCUGUCUCUGACGGCCAUUCUACUUGGCCAAUUUUCUUUGCAAAACACCUCAAUUUCCCCCGGAUCGCUUAUCCAUGCGAUUUAUCUGAAUUCUUCUAGCUCAGACACUGGCUUAAUCAUCGACGGCGGCUCAUUCCGAUACUUCCUCUACAUUUACGUCGUGCUGAGUGGAUGCUGGCUGAUUGUCUCCUCUUUAUUGUUAUGGGACCACUUCAGGGAAAAAACUGUAAGCAAAUACUAUGAAGGUGUUCUGGCCACCUGGAUGUUCGUGGUAGGGCUUACGGCCCUGUUGGAUGUGAUUUUGUUUUCUUUGCUGGUUCACGAUUACGAAAAAGAGCGAAAGAAUAUUGAGGUCGACUCGCCUGAACUGCAGUUAGAGUUGGUUGCCAUAGGCGUGGUCUUUACUUUGGCGGCUCGCGGAUACGUUUUAUGGAUUGUUAACGUCAUCUUUGCAGUUAUAGCAGGAAGAGUGUGGCACCUCAAACGCAACAAGGUGGUGGCAAGAAAUCAGCCCUACAUCAGCGCCUAUUCAAACGGACAAGCAGCCCCUUGGCACCAACAGCCUCAGAACACUUACGAAGGGUUCGACAAUAAAGGCUACAGAAACGAUAACGAUACUCUGCCGUUGCCGUCCCGUCGAAUGGACAACAGCCCGCAGGAGAGGGACCGCGGGUAUGCAAGAAACGACGAUUUGAAGCAGGAGUAUCGAAACAAAGACGUUUACUGGAAUAAUCGAAACAAUCAGAACGGCAGAGAAGAUCACACGCCGCCCCGCUCUUUCAAUACGGUGCCGCCGCCUCCUAGCGCCUACCGGCAGGAGCCUAAAACCGCCAAAAUUGGGCGGCAGGGCGGCCAAAGGAGCCCCCCAUUGAACGUGGCGCCGCCCUUUAUUCCAGACCCUGACUACUCGCCGCCAGGCUCCCCCAAAGUCAGGGGCGUACUUCGACCGAAGAGCAAUUACGAGAUGUAUUAAUGUUUAGUUUAUUUUUAUUAUAUUUAGUUGAUACUUUC